GCCACAAAGCUGCAGCUGGCCGGGGCCUUGCCCGCCCUGAGCUGGAGCCUGUCUCUGCAGGGUCGUCUCCUACCAGAUCCGAUAUGAAGGAAACGUGACCGAAGAGACCAGAAUCAAGUUCAUGACGGAUGGUGUGUUGCUCAAGGAAAUCCAGAAGGACUUCCUGCUGCAGAGAUACAAGGUGGUGCUCAUUGAUGAAGCCCACGAGAGGAGCGUGUACACGGACAUCCUCAUCGGCCUCCUGUCCCGCAUAGUGUCUCUCCGGGCGAAGAGGCACGUGCCGCUGAAGCUGCUCAUCAUGUCGGCCACGCUGCGGGUGGAGGACUUCACCCAGAACCAGCGGCUCUUCCCCCAGCCGCCCCCGGUCAUCAAGGUGGAGUCCAGGCAGUUCCCGGUGACGGUGCACUUCAACAAGCGGACCCCGCUAGAAGACUACAGCGGCGAGUGCUUCCGGAAGGUCUGCAAGAUCCACCGCAUGCUGCCAGCAGGCGGCAUCCUGGUGUUCCUGACGGGGCGGGCAGAGGUGCACGCACUGUGCUGCAGGCUGAGGAGAGCCUUCCCACGCCCCAGACGCAGGCCGCCAGAAAAAGAAGAUCAAGAAGAUUCAGUAGAGGAAAUGCGGAGGUUUAAGAAGUCAAGGACAAGGGCAAAGAAGGCCCAGGCGGCGACAUUGCCCCAGAUCAGUUUGGACAAUUACUCGGUGUUGCCAGCAGGCGAAGGCGACGAGGACAGGGAGGCAGAGAUGGACGAGGAGGAGGAGGAGGAGGCCCUGGGCUCCGACCUUGACCUGGAUUUGGGGGAUGAUGAAUCAGUCGGAGGUGAGCAGCCGGACGCCUCGCUCCCCCUCCACGUGCUCCCACUCUACUCUUUGCUGGCCCCAGAGAAGCAAGCUCAGGUCUUCCAGCCUCCCCCAGAGGGGACGCGGCUGUGUGUUGUGGCCACCAACGUGGCCGAGACGUCCCUCACCAUCCCGGGCAUCAAGUACGUGGUGGACUGUGGGAAGGUCAAGAAGCGGCACUACGACCGUGUCACUGGCGUGUCCUCCUUCCGUGUCUCCUGGGUGUCCCAGGCCUCAGCCGAUCAGCGGGCGGGCCGAGCGGGCCGGACAGAGCCGGGCCACUGCUACAGGUGGGCUUCCCUGGGCCUCUCCAGUGAUGGGGGAGGGGGGCGGGAAGUCACCGUGCAGCAGCCACCACCAGGGACAAGGAAGGGGGGUCCCCUCCCCAGUCCACAGCGAGUGCCGUUCCACUGGAGACAGUCCUUGGGGUCUCUGCGGGGCCUCGUUGGCACUCGGACACUUGUGUUCUUUCUUUAAUCUGACUCCGAAGUAGACACUUACUUUUAGUGGCUUUCUUUUUGUUUUAUUUUGCGACAGCUUCAUGGCGGUGAAGUUAACCUACCAGACAGAAAUGUCGCCGUUCUGGGGGGUGUAGUGUUCUCGGGGUGUGCAGCAUCACCCAGCCCGUACCCAAUGUUCUCAUCACUCCGAAAGAGGCCCGCACCCCCCUCCCGUCCCCACUCUUGGGCAUGUGUCUCCAUCUCCCCGGGUCCGUCCCUGGGGAGGGGUUGCUGGGUCCCGUGGCCACUCUGCCACGCUGGGUCCUGCAGCAGCUACACCAUGUGGCACUCCCACCAGCGCACAAAGGUUUUCCCUGGUUGCCCCAUGUUCUCACUGACACCUGUUAUUUUUCCAUGUUUUUUUAAACCGGAAGUGUGCCGUGGUGAUGUGCUGCGGUCCUGGUCUGCGUGUCCCUGAUGGCUGGUGACCCUGCACGUCUUUUCCUGUGCUUAUUGGCCAUUCGUUUAUGUUUUUUGG